GGGGGAGUAAAUCCCCGUAUGUGGCAGCAGGAAGAAGCGGCGGCGACAGCGCGAGCGGAGCUCGGACCAACCGUCAGACUGUUAUUUAACAAAAAAAAAGCUGUAGAAAAUUGAUGGUCCCAGGUUGGACUAUAUUGGAAGGUUCUCAUGGAAGAAGAAGGAUUAUGUACAAAUGAACCAAAAACGGCACACAACGCAAGCUCCAAUGACGAAGUGGAAAAAUUGAGUGGAACAAGUCAACUUUCUCCGCUAAUUUCAGAUGAAAAUAAAAAUAAGAUUCAUGAAGUACCAAUAGCAAUAUGUAGUGAUGGCAUGACGGGAGGACAUGAACAAAGUGAGCAAGAUUUGAUUAAUAACAAUGAAGAGGAAAACUUUAAUCAGACUGGCUUUGAGAAUGUACAAAGCGACAGUGUGGAGGCUGCUUGUAGUGAUAGAUCUGAACUCUGUAACAACAUUGCUCAUGUGAAAACAGAUCUGCCAUUGUCAGAAACAGAAGAAAUUAAAAAUAAUUGGGAUUCAGAUAUGGAAGGCAAAUUUAAGACCAGUUCUAUUGAAACAUCUGAGGAAAAAGCAGUGGAGUUUGUGGAUACCUCAAAAGCACUGAGCACUGUUCUGUGUGAGAAGAAUUCUGAUUUGGAUAUAAAUUAUCAGCAAGUUGAUGGGAAAAGGCUCCUCCAGUCUCUACUGGACUGCAUCCAGGGAGUAACUGAAUUAAGCGAUGUCAAUCUUCUGCCACAGUAUCUCCAUCAGAUUGCAGAAAUCUAUUUCCAUGAAGAAGAGUUUGAGAAAGCAAUUCAGUUUAUUCAGCUUGAAAAACUGUAUCAUCAAACUCUGCUGGCUAAUCUUUCUGCUAUUCAGGAUCAUUGGGAAUUAAAAUGGAAAACCGCAAUGCCAAAUAAGGAUUCCGAAGGGAGAGUACUCAAAGCUUUGGAUACUGACAAAAUAGAAAAGCUUACUGAAAUCUGUGCUUCACACUGCAGGCCAAAUGUACCUGUAGAUAAGAUUACUGCAUUAGGGCAGUGCUUCUACGAUUGUCUCCUCAUUUCAAAGGGACCAGAUGUUCACAAGAAAAAUGAUGCAGACAGCAAUUCUAGUUACGUGAAUCAACCUGCAGCUCUAUCAACAGUGCAAAGUGCAGAAUAUAAACCCACGCCAUUGGAAAUGACCAAGGGCAGGACAACUGAAGCUGCACAGUCUGGAAUAGCAGUGGAAAAAGGCUGCAAGAUAGCGUCAACACUGUGUACUGCUGAAUCAUCGCUGGAGGUACAGAGAGAGACAGCAAGAGCAAAGGGCAGGGUGCACCCUGACAACAAGGCAGAGUGCUUGGAUUCUGAAAACACUGUAACGGAUAAAAGCUGCUUCCAGCCAGAUGCUACAGCGCCUUGUGAGGACAUGCUGACUGCAGCAAAACCAAUUAAGACAGAGGGCUUCUCUGAUGAGGCAGAGGUUGUUACAAACACUACUCCUUUCUUUCAUGCAGGGGAAAUUGAAAAUCUACAUCAUGAUUUGAAAUCUGCUGGCAAAACUACUGAAGAAAAUUGGCAUAAGAAAUUGUUGAAAUGUAAUGACACUCCUGUACAAAUAAUUACAGAAGAUCAAGCUGUGCCCAAACAAGGAAAUCAUGCAUCACAAAAGCAUAUUAACAGUGAUUCUAAUGAUGGCUUAAAUAAGAUUAUGUCUAAACAGGAUGGGAAUCAUUGUGAAGGAAAUACAAGGAUAAACCAGACACCGAAGCAAAGUGCAACAGAUAUUUUGAAUGAAACAGGCAAAGAAUGUGAACAAAUGGAAGAAAACAUAGGAACAGAAGUCACAAAUGAGGGAAUUCAUUAUGAUGUGGAGUUUAAUGAAUAUCAGAUGCCAGAAAAAAUCACAGAGAUACGGGAAGAAGACUAUACUAUGGAAGCAACCCUCCGACUAGCACAGGACAAAAUCCCUUUCCAUCUGAAGGAUGGUAUUGAUGAGUUAGUGAUGCACUUAAGUGAGAAUUCACUUUCUUUGGAUGAACUUGCAAAGAGAAUACAGAUAGAAGAGAAUACUCCUCCAGAAGGACUUGUGUCCAUACUGAAGAAAAGAAGUUUAAACCAAGAGAUCUUGCGAGUCCACCAGAAAUCUUCAAAGAGGAGAGUAAGAUUUCAGGAUCCAGAAGAUGUGCUUGAUCAGGAUGAAGUAAGUGCAGACUCCUGCCUUCUCCUGGUCCUGCUAUGCAUCAUCACAGUUUUUCUGAGUGUCGGAGGAACAGCCCUUUAUUGCACUUUUGGUGACUUGGACUCCAGUGUGUGCAGAGACUUCACAGCACAGAUGGACUUCUACUAUGCUCAAUUCCAACAGAGUUUUGAGAAAGCAAAGCACUGGUUGCUAUUUUCAUAAAAAGCAUUUUAUCCAGAUUGAUAGAAUUUAAGUCACCGUGUAAGUAAGUGUUCAGAGAAACCAAAUUCAAAGGUUCGCACCUUGCUGUUCCUGCUGCAAAGUACGAUCUGCUGUAGAAUGUAACAUGAUUGGAUUCUAACCAACAAAACAUCGAGUUUUAACCUGAACGCAUAUCAGUUUUUUUGGCAUAAUCUUGUUUCCACAGGAUGGAAAAAAAUCCUGUUAAUAUUUGCAGAAAUUGUACUGACAGGCUUGUCAAUUACUUCAGGAGAAACUGAGUUUACAAUCACCUCUUACAGCAAUCAGCACAUAAGGGAAAUCAAUUUAUUGUGGCUCAAAGAACAAUGCAUCAUAUCACCAUGUGAAUGGACUUGUUCUUAAUAAUUGGUAAAUCUGUAUUUGGUUUUACAUGUCAGUUUUACCAUCUGUUUUGCACUGCCAGUUCAUUGCAAUUAUCAGUUUGCUUUUAAAAUUCCACAUAAAGUUGCAGACUAUACAAUUUCUUUUAUUUUUUUUAAGAACCUUUUUUAAAUUGUGUUCAAGUCUCUCCUUUGACAACAGGAAUCACUUUAUGAUAACUGCUAAUUUUUUUUGUACAGAUCUUUCCACACACUCCUAAGAAAUAUUCCAAGGAUAAUUAGGUCUCAAGAUGUUAAAUCUGUAUGAUUUUGUCUUUGACAACCCAUGUGUCUUUUCCUCUUCCCCCAAAAUAGAGCAAGAGUGCAAUGCACUCCAAUGAGAAUCUGUUAACAUAUUGCAGUUUGGAUAUCUGAAGUUAGGUAAAAGGGAUUUAUUUUUGGUCAGAAUCAUAUGUAAAUAUUGUUAAUUACCAAUUUCAGCACUUUGUGUUUAGUCAUGUGUCCUGUGUGUGACCAGGGUGAAUUAUUCACUGAGAAAGAUUUACUGUUUGUUUCUGCAUUGUAUUAACUCCUAACUUAAAGCUUCAUUGGGUGAUAAAAAUUAUUAAAUUUUUACCAACCAGCAAAAAAAAUCUUGGUUAAUGACUUCUCAUCUGAAUUAUUCUGCUGAAUGAAAUUUUAAUCUAAUUUUAAAUUUUUAUUGAAGCAACUAUUUGAAAAUCUAAAGUUUUGGUAUCCUGCUUAGUUAUGCAGUAAAAUUACCAUUUCGAAAAAGGGCAGUGACAUGACUAUAUCGGCAUUUAAAUUGCUCCAAAGCAUUGAAUUGUAGAGGAGGUGUGGGUUGGCCACAGUGCUUUCCCUGCAUCAGUUAAUCUCUGAUUUGAGAAGUGAGAAUGCACAAAGGAGGCACUCGAGGGGAUAUUGGUUAAGUCAUUCCCAGGUUGCUCCUGUGCAUUACCAGCACUUUUUAUCAGUCUUAUGAGCUGUUAACUUGCAACACUGGGUCAGAAAAUAGAACUAGAAAAAAUAUCAAUGCCAUAGCAUUGCACAUUUAAUCAAGAAUGUUAUCUGAAUCUGAAUUAGAUUAGUCUCAUAAUUGCUCCCAUAUGUUAGUGAAAUAUUCUGGGCAUUGUUGAAUUGCCAGGAAUGUACAUUUUCAUCUUUCAUGUUGGCAUCUGACCUUUUCAGAAAGGUGCAUAUGCCAGGGUCUUUAUAGCCUCAUUACUGCAGCUUUAUAUUGAUCUGAUCCGGUGUUGAUUACACCAGAGUGCUCUGCCUCGUGCUUAUUGUAAAAUAAUUGAAUUUUAGAUCUAUUUCACUGCAACACAAAGUGCAAUAAUAAACUUUCAAUGUUCUGUUAUUUCACAAACUUUGAAUUGUUAAGGUGUGAAACAGUAAUCUCCCAUGGUAAGAGAAAUUAUUAUAAAUAGCUUUUACAAAACACUGACCAAAAAUGUAUGCAAAUGCUGUUGUAAAUUAAAGGGCAGAUGCCUACAUGAAGUACACCACCAUGUUCAAUGUGACAGCACACACUGGCUCCAGCAGAUCACAAGAGUAGCUAUUUUCAGGUCAUUGUAAAAUACGUUAAGCUGUAAAACCCAUUGCUGCUGUUGAGGAGGCUUAUCUUGUCCUUUUCUGUUGGCACACACAGGCUUUGCCUGAGUAAUUUAUUUUGUUAAUAAUGUUUAAGGAGCUGCCCCUGUGUAAAUACCAACCUGACCAAUCAUGGUGUUCUCCUUUGAUAUAAUUUAUGUGGAACAUUGUAAAAAUGUUGGAUAAAACCUCCAGCAGUGGACUUGCCCUUUAUACAUUGGAGAAGCCUAUAUCAGCCAGGAACAGCAGAAAAAUCAAUUAUUAUAAUAAUUUGCAAUUAUAAUGUAAUUAUAUUUUUACAAUAAUAUAAUUAUAUUAUACUAGUAACUCUUAUACUUGCACUGCUUAAAAUGCAUAGGCUGCAGGUGAUGGUAUUUAUUUUAUCACUGCAUUGAAAAGGACCUUAAAUUUUAUGGUUACAACUUUUAAACUUAUAUAUGUACAGUAUAGUUGCCAUGUUUAAACCUGAUCUGUAUCAUGACACAAGACUUAUCUCUGUAAGAUGCUUUACAUAUAGUUAUGUGUUACUGGCUGGAUCAGUACACAUUGGGAAAUUAAUAGUUUGGACAUGUUUAAUUUAUUUAGUGUAGAAUUGCUGUAGAACAAAACUACUUAAGAGUUUAUUUUCCAUUGUAAAUGCUCAUGGCUUUGCAUGUAAGUUUGAGAAAUGUGUAAAACGAAGUGCUGUAGUUUCCUGUACUCUGAGCUAGCUGCACCUGUUGAAAUCAACACGCUUUGUGUGAAUUAUUGGAUGUUUUUAUUCAUUUUAUAUCAUGCAAAUCUUAUUCUAUGUAAACAAAAACUAUUUUAACAUGCCCACCAAAAUGUUAAGAAUUACACUGCUGUAAUUUUAUUACUGUAUUAGUUUGAGAUAAACCUUCUACAGAGAUUGUAACAAAGAUGGAACUAUUUGUUGUAAAAGUGUAUCCUGUAACUUCCAUCACUGUGAUCAUGUACUUCAAAUUACAAUUUGUGAUUUAACAUUGCUAUUCAAAUAGAGAAUCCUUACUUAAAAUUUGGUUUAUUCUAUUUGUUCAUAAUAGAUUUAUCCUUUUUAAAAGGCAUGAAUUAUUUAGUUUUAGAGCAUUAUUGAGUCCUGAAUUCUGAAAUGCUGUUUGUUGAAAACCAGCAUUUGUAGCCUGAGGAUUGGUCACUCUAAAUUGAUAGUCAAUGUAACACAUUUCUUCAUUUGUUUUUGAACCUUUAGCAUGCUGUCAACUCCCAAAUAUUUUGUCCUCCUGAGUGGACGAUUUAUGAAUCUUUGGUAUGCAGGAAACAAGACUGCUGCAGUGAUGCUACUGAGAUCUGUCUGGUACAUGUACAGGAUAUCCUAGUCUGCCAGAUAAAGCUAAACAGUUCUUUCAAAAUAUACUUAGUUAUAUUACAUCCUUUCUCUGUGCUCUUUCCCCAAGGUAAACUAGAAUAUCUAGCUGCUUCUCUGCCAACCCAUAACCCUAUUUUAAAAUAAAACAAACAGGGCAUAUGUACA